UGGAGCAACCCCAGAAUCAAAUCAUACUCGUAUGACAUUUUCUUGCAUUAAAUGUGUCUCUUAUUAAUGUGAGAAUGGAGUGAAUCUCAUCAAAAUUAUCUAAUUAUUGUCCUCAACAGCACAUGUGACACGUAAAUCAUGCAUUGUGAUUGGUUAUGUUCAUCAACCUAGAUAGACUCGGUUCUCGAAUUAGAGUUUCAUGUUCUGGUUUUGAGUCUGGAUAUGACUGCUUGUUUUGGGCCUGUACUGGUUAUUUCCUUCCUAUUCUAUUUAACACGGUCUCGUAUCAUCGCUUUUGUAAUAGUUUGACUUUUGGGACAUGCGACGGCCAUCUUCUAACAUAAUUCGGAAUUCUUGCCCAUGCUCUUCCUUUCAAUUUCCUUUUUGCAUGCUCUGAAAUUCUCUACAGUGCCACAAACUUCUGUGACUGCUUCAUUUUUUUUCCUUUUCUGACCCUCUCUUUUCUUAACCUCAUGAUCUCACCUGAAGGUCGAUGGCAAACUCCAACACCAGAAGAAGCCCUCUAGCGGUUCCCUCAAUAUCAGACGCCAAUUACAUACCCAAAGUCCAGUACCCAAACGAACUCAUCAGCUCGUAUGGAGCAGCGUGCGAGUCCGACCCGGAUUUGCAAACCUUCAACGCAAACCUCCAACCGAGGACGAACCAAGUCCUCAGCACUCUUGAUUCCGGGGCUGAUGUCCAAGCUCUCUCACUGGAUUCUCUGAAAGAGAUAAACGAGUGCCUCUUGGAGAUGAACCAGGAUGUAGUCAAAGUCAUCUUGGAUAGCAAGAAAGACUUCUGGAGAAAUCAAGAGCUGUUCGAGCUUGUUGAGGACUACUUCAAAGAUAGCUUGCACACCCUCGAUUUCUGUGCUGCCCUCGAGAAUUGCUUGAAGCAAGCGCGCGAUGCCCAUUUGCAGAUUAUCGCUGCACUUCAUUGCUCCGAAGAAGAAGAUGGGGAGGGGUGUUGCAGUUACUCAAAGAUCUUGGAGGAACUGACAAAAUUUAAGGAGACCGGAUACCCUUUCCCCAAGGAGUUCUUCGAGAUCUUUCAGACGAUUCACAAGCAACAGAAGUCCGUGCUCAAAAAGUUGUGGAUCAAGAAGAAAAAGAUUGAGAAGAAGCUCAAGAGCAUACAGACGUGGAAGAAAAUCUCAACCAUGAUACUGGUUGCAAUUUUCGCAGCCAUUCUGAUCUGGUCAGUCAUGACUCCAGCUGUGGCUGCUACACCAGUCACUGCCGCCCUAGCGGCUGCAACUGCCAUUCCCAUGGAUGCCAUUGGCAAGUGGAUUGACUCCAUUUGGAAGAAUUAUGAAAAUGAACUGAAGGGAUGGGAGGAGGUGAUCACCUCAAUGCAAGUGAGUACUACAAACCUUUUUCCUCCCUUUCUGUAAUUACAGUGACGAUCCCUGUAAUUUCGUCAAACCAAGUCAACAUCCAUACUUUUCCCUCGAAGUCCUUGCAAUUAACAUAAUGAACAUCGUGAGGCUGGCUUGAUUUUUAUGUAGCUAUAAUGAUGCGAACAAUGUCUAGGAGUCCAAAAUGUAAGAAACUCUGCAAGAGAAGUCAUCGUGAUUUACAUGAAUAAUUUCUUACAACUAA